CACACGCCCUCGCUCCCUUGCCCUCACUAUUCCAAAACCUCAAACUUUUCAAUCACCAUUAGCGCGUUUGUUUGACGGCCUUGUCGUCAAAUGAACCUGCAACUACGCAUCACUCAAUCUCCCCUUAGCUUUAUCCGACAAGGAUUUACAAAGUCUUUCACCCACGGCUACGCCCAAUCGGUCGUCGCUGCCACACAUCCCCAUGUUCUAAACGCGCAGAACCGGCCGUCGUUUGCGCGGCGCCGCAAUGCCGCGCCCGUCGGCCGUCUCGCCAGCCUCGGGCUCCAGUCCGCCUUUCACACUGCCAGCCUUCCAGCUGCGAGCUCGCUAGAGCAGCGCGCUGAGAAGGCCGGAAACCAUGGUGGACUCGAUGCUUAUUUCGAGCAGCUGCAAAAGUCGGAUGACGGCGCCGAGGUUGACCAGGAGUGGGUCCAGUUUCAGUUCCCGAAGCCCAUCGAGUGGAAGCCGACGACAGCUUCCGUCCUCGUUGGCUCCGAUGCCAAGACCCUCGCCCUCGAUGCCGAGCAAUCUGCCAGCCACGAUGAUGUCUCGAAAACCCCGGCCGUCCCGCCAGAGGCCGAGGCAGCGCUGGCCCACAUCGACGCCGCCAUCGAGCGAGAGAUCGAGGCCCGCAGAGAGCUGGAGGAGCUCGAGGAAAAGGUCGAAUCUCUCCGCGCGACUUCACCGGCAUUGGCAGAGCAGCUGGCCGAAGAAAUUCGGUCGCGGACUGCCUCUCCAGUCUCUAGCAUUCAGACUCGUGCCAGCGUGUCUCGCACCCUGACGCCUCCGAUCGACCCCCAGUCUCGGACUUACGCCGACCAUCUGGCCAGUCUUUCCGGGACUGGACGAUAUGCUGAGAUCCCAGCCGUCUUCGAGGCCAUGCUGGUUGGUGGUGUCCGCCCCAUCGCAUCAGCGUACAAUGCCCUGCUCAUGGCUGCCAUCCACCUCCCCUCGGAGAAAUGGGAGAUCAUCACCAAGGCGCUAGACGUUUACGCAGACAUGCUGCGCCGAAAUGUCUCCCUCGAUAGCGAUACGUAUGACAUCCUCGUUGGCCUCCUCGCGUCGCGCUCCCUUGAGAUUGCUUCGCUCAAGCAGGCCCUCGAGGACAAGAGGCUGCGUUUCGGUGGCAUGGACGAACCUGGCAAGUUUAUGUUUGCAUCGCAUGAACUGGAACACGCUAUCCUGGUCGAGGAUGACCGCCUGGACCUGGCCAUGAAGCUGUUCACGUCCUCGGUCACGGCGAACAAGGCGGCGUAUUCGUCCGAAACAUACCACCAGCUGAUCUCGGCCUGCGCCCAAACCGGCCGGACUUCUGACAUGCUCCGGCUGUUCGAGCACAUGGAGUCCAGCCGGACCGUCCCGUUUGCGGCCACCUUCCCUGCCAUGAUUUCCGCCUUUGCCACCACCGGGGACCUCGUCAGUGCUGUCGAGUGCUACAACGAGUACCGCAAUUUGGCCAUGGGGAACGACAAGGGUGAGCAAACCUUGAAUGACCGCCUCGAUGCCCAGGUCUACGCGGCUGUCAUUAGAGCGUACAUCGUUGCGGACAAGGUUGAAGGUGCCAUGAAAUUCUAUGAGAAGAUUGUACAAGAGUACAAUGCCAAGACUGCCGACAUCAAGGACGCCAUCGUUGCUGGCGGCUUUGUCAAGGGCUAUAUUGACCUGGGCAUCCACAAGGGAGCCCUUCACUGGGCCCAGCAGAUCGAGAGCGAGGCCAGAAGCUCGGCCAUGGACGACCUCGCAACGGCUGCUGCUGACCGCGGCGACAAGCAGACCGCCGUGGCUGCUUUCGCUAACCUGGCCCCAGCUAACGCCUCCUCCUCGGCAGUCGCCCUGCUUGCCAUGAGCGUUCGUCAAGGCGAUGUCGCAGCCGCUGCUCGGUACUGGGAUGUUCUUUGCAACCCCGAGGUCAAGCCGACUUCGUCGUUCAUUGAGCCCACAGCCAUGUACGCGGUUGCCAUGAUUGGCUCUGGCCACGUUGUCGAGGGCCUCACCCAGGCCGAGUACAUGUUCCAACGGAUCCGCGACCACAACUCGCAGCUGGCCGACGAGAUUGAGGAAGGCGCCGAAUUCAUCACGACGUUCAUGACGCUCCGGGGCAUUCUCGAUCCUCGGACCAACCCCGGCACCGCCCCUGACGUUCCCCAGUCUUUCCCGGCCUCACCGUAUCCCCAGACGCCUGUGGUCCCUCACCAAGAAGACAACGCAUUCGACCCGUACGCUCACAACACCGACGUCAAGGGAUCCUUCGCCAUCACACAGGAGUUGGAAGGUGCUUUUGGCCGCAAGUCGAAGCUGAAUGAGGCGCUCUCCCGCUUUCGGAACGUGCGCCGUGCCGGUCGCCAUCCUCGCUACAUCGUGUACGCAAAGUUGAUCUCGGCCGCCGGCAAGGAGGAGAAGUUCGACCUGUGCCAGGAGAUUCUCGCCAUGGCGCGCAGCGAUGUUCCACUGCUCCCCCAAUUCCCCGUGGUUCGUUACGGGUGGUCUUCGAUUCUGGAUGCCAUGGUCGGCGCUUGUCUCACCCAGGGCCACAGGUCCCUGGCUGAAGACUACCAUCAGGAGUUGCUGGCCAUGGGCGCCACGCCCUCGGCCAACACCUACGGUCUCUACAUCACCACGCUGCGGGAUUCUGGCAAAACUGUUGACGAGGCUUCCGAGGCCGUCAAGAUCUUCAUCCGCGCCAAGACGGAAGGUGUUGAGCCAACCUCGUUUCUGUACAACGCGCUGAUUGGCAAGCUCGGUAAGGCACGCCGCAUCGAUGACUGCCUCUUCUACUUCGCUGAGAUGCGGGCGCUGGGAAUCAAGCCGACUUCGGUCACGUAUGGCACCAUUGUCAACGCGCUCUGCCGUGUCAGCGAUGAGAAGUUCGCCGAGGAGCUGUUUGACGAGAUGGAGGCCAUGCCGAACUACAAGGCACGGCCGGCGCCGUACAACAGCAUGAUGCAGUUCUUCCUGACGACCAAGCGGGACAAGGCCAAGGUUCUGGAGUAUUACGAGCGCAUGAACGCCAAGGGCAUCGCCCCCACCGCCCACACUUUCAAGCUCCUCGUCGACACCCACGCCACCCUGGAGCCCGUCGACAUGAAGGCUGCCGAGGCUGUGCUCGACAUGAUCCGUGCUUCCGGCCAGCGCCCCGAGGCCGUCCACUACGCUUCGCUCAUUCACGCCCGUGGCUGCAUCCUCCACGACAUGGAGGGUGCUCGCCGUGUGUUUGACACCGUCAUGAAGGACCGCACUGUGCCCGCACACCCCUGCCUCUACCAGGCCCUGUUCGAGGCCAUGGUCGCCAAUCACCAGGUCAGCGCAACCGAGCCCGUGCUCGCCGACAUGCGGGCCAGGCGCAUCGAGCUAACGCCCUACGUCGCCAACACCCUCAUCCACGGCUGGGCCGCCGAGGACCGUAUCGUCAAGGCCAAGGAGAUCUACACGGCUCUCGGUCUAUCCAAGCGUGAGCCCAGCACGUACGAGGCCAUGACAAGGGCCUUCCUGUCCGUCCAGGAGCGCGAGGGCGCCAAGGUCGUCGUUAGUGAGAUGCUCACCCGUGGUUACCCGAGCGCCGUGGUCAACAAGGUGCUGGAGCUACUAGGUGGCCCGCAUACCGCCGAGGCUGGUGUUGCCGCUUAA